CGAUGUGUUCAUCUUAGCAACGGAAGGCAACGAGCACCGGGUAAACAUGUCGGACGCAGACGAUGAUUUUAUAUGUGAUGAUGAAGAGGAUUACGGUUUGGAAUAUUCUGAGGAUAGUAACUCAGAACCAGAUGUUGAUUUGGAAAACCAGUAUUAUAAUUCAAAGACAUUGAAGGAAGAGAAUCCUACAGGUGCUCUUGCAAGUUUCCAAAAAGUUUUAGAUUUAGAAGGUGGAGAGAAAGGAGAAUGGGGGUUCAAAGCAUUAAAGCAAAUGAUUAAAAUCAACUUUAAAUUAGGAAAUUUUGACCAAAUGAUGAGUCGUUAUACACAAUUGCUAACUUAUAUUAAAAGUGCUGUCACGAGGAAUUAUUCUGAGAAGUCCAUUAACUCAAUUUUAGAUUAUAUUUCAACAUCAAAACAGAUGGAACUACUCCAAGAAUUCUAUGAAACAACACUUGAAGCUUUAAAAGAUGCUAAAAAUGAUAGACUAUGGUUUAAAACUAAUACUAAAUUAGGAAAGCUUUAUUUUGAUAGAGGAGAAUAUAAUAAACUGGCAAAAAUUUUGAAACAAUUACACCAAAGUUGUCAGACUGAUGAUGGGUCUGAUGAUCUUAAAAAAGGAACUCAACUCUUAGAAAUAUAUGCAUUAGAAAUUCAAAUGUAUACUGCCCAUAAACGUGUAAAAAAAUUAUAUGAACAGUCUCUUCACAUUAAGUCAGCUAUACCUCAUCCAUUGAUAAUGGGAGUAAUAAGAGAAUGUGGUGGAAAGAUGCAUUUAAGGGAAGGUGAAUAUGAGAAAGCUCAUACAGAUUUUUUUGAAGCUUUUAAAAAUUACGAUGAAUCAGGUAGUCCUAGGAGAACAACAUGUUUAAAAUAUCUAGUUUUGGCCAAUAUGCUGAUGAAAUCUGGUAUUAAUCCUUUUGAUUCUCAGGAAGCCAAGCCAUAUAAGAAUGAUCCAGAAAUUUUAGCAAUGACAAAUUUAGUGAGUGCCUAUCAAAAUAAUGAUAUUAAUGAGUUUGAAACAAUAUUAAAAACAAACAGAAGAAACAUAAUGGAUGAUCCUUUUAUAAGAGAACAUAUUGAAGAUCUGCUUAGGAACAUACGUACGCAAGUGUUGAUCAAGUUGAUCAAGCCAUAUACUCGCAUACACAUACCCUUUAUUUCAAAGGAAUUAAAUAUUGAUGCAAAUGAAGUUGAAAAUUUAUUAGUGUCUUGUAUUUUGGACAAUACCAUUCAAGGUCGAAUCGACCAAGUUAAUCAAGUGCUAGAAUUAGAUAAGAAAACGCAUGGUGCAGCGCGGUAUAAUGCCUUGGACAAGUGGACUGCUCAGCUUUCGACACUACAUCAAACCAUUGUUAAUAAAAUGGCAUAAAAAGAAAACUAUAUGCUGAGUGAUUAAUUUUGUGUGCUGAAAAGACAGCAUAUUUGCAAUGCCCUGCACAUUGUGAUUGUUCAUCAGGAAGCCUAUGUCCAGAUGUAAAUUGGCUCUUGGAGUGAAGACACCUUAUCCUGAGGCAUAUUGAUUGAAGCUGAUGAAACUUCCAGUUUUGAUGUGCUUGUUUCCAACACCCGUGAUGGUGUAUACAUGCUAGGAAUUUGUUAAUGCUCUCAACGCCUGUGUUAUGGACCAGCCUAGCAGCUCAACAUUUUAGUUUAAAAUGGUUAUUUCAAAACAAUAGACAAUUCCUUAACAUUCAGAAGUGAAAAGAAGUUUAAAUUUCAUUAUUGCUUCUUAUUACAAUUACAGUCAACCAAAUGAGCUUUCUUAUCUAGCAUUGAAAAUACUACAAUAUUUAAACAAAAUCUACCAAAAUUAAUAAGAAUUUCAGAUAAAUGUUGGCAUCAGUUUUCUUCUUCUUUUUUUUUUUUUUAAUUUGCUUGAAUACGAAACUUUAUUACCAUUCACAACCGUUAAAUAAAGAUGAGUGAAAUGACGAGAAUUUUAUAUAAAGAUAGUCUGGUUCAACUUUUUAUUAACAAAAAAAAGAACGAAUAAAUUAAUUAAACCUUAAA